AUGGGAGCAGUGCAGGCGGUCGUGACCCAGGUGCUGCUGUGGGGCCUGUGGGGCGCCGCAGAGAACUUUGGCGUUCGUAUGGUGCUGCAAUGUGCUUAUGCGAUGCCCAUCCAUGUGCUGCGUCUCCGCCGACCGGAGCCGAAGAGCGCCGCGGCGGUGUCACAUUGGCACGCUGCACGCAUGCUCGUGGCCGUGCUGUAUCUCGGCUACUGCGUGUCCCGUACGCUGCUGGGCAUGCAGACAAACUACUACACCGUGCUUCAUACGGUGCCGUGGGCGCCUGAGGCAGAUAUCAAGCGCCAGUUCAGGCACUUUGCCAAGGUGUACCAUCCUGACAAGGCGGGGUACGAGCACGAAGACAAGUUUCUGGCGCUGCGCCAGGCGUACAGCACGCUCUCUGAUCCGGUGCUCCGAUUCGCGUACGAUCGGUUUGGCAACGAUGUCGAGUCGUGGGAGCGUCUCAGCUCGAUGAACGAGUUUAUGCGGCGGGGUAUUGACGCGCUGGGGGUUCUCCACGUCCAGCUUCUCUUUGCCCAGGCUCUUGCGUGGGUCAUGAUGCGCGGCAAGUCGCGGCCGACCGGUGCAGGCACGUUCUGGGGCCUCCUUCUCCAGGCGGUGUUUGCCUAUGCGCAACUGCAGCUGGUCGUCUCAAACCCGUUGCCAGAGUGGCUACGCGUGUUUGGUGGCCUGACAGCUUACCAGGUCAUCACGGUGUCUGCCCAAAAUUUUACACCGUUCCUCUUGACGAUGGAGCAAUGCACGACAAGCCUGGGACAGCUUACUGAUACGGGCAGUUGGUCCCAGUUCCAGUUUGGAGACAAUGUCGAAGCUGCGUACGAGCCGACACCGGAAGAUGCUACGAAUGCGCAGAUUGCAUCCAUUUUGCAAGAAGAGCCGCACACGCUUGCCGAUGCCAAGCGCCAGAUCGACCUGCUGGCCGGUGCCGUGCUGCAGCUCGAACAAAAGGUUGUUGCUGAUUGCGCCCCUUACGUCCAGCAAGAAGGCGAAGAGAGUGCUCCCCAAGCAUCGGAGAAGGAGCCCGAGUCUGCUGCAGAGCCUGCGCCUGAGGCUGUGGAGUCCAAGUCGGAGUAA